UACGUGAAGUGGACUCAUGAUGGAAACAUCGCUGCAGACUGGCUGGGAUAUAAAACCACCUGCUUCCAACAGUUUGAAGGUCGCUGUCAUAUAAACACAGAAAAUGGAAAUCUGACCCUCAACAACCUGACUGUGAGGGACAGCGGCACAUAUAGAGUGAAGAUCGACGGCGUGGUCACAGAUGUCACCAAAUUGAAAGUCAUUUCUUCAGUCCUCAAACCCAGAAUCUCAUCAGAGUGUAACUCUAUUAACUGCACUCUGACCUGUGAGGAGGACAUCACUGAGGACAUGGAACCUGUUUGGUUCUUCUGGACUAUUGAUGGUGUCCAAAGACCUGGAACCAAAGAGCUGAUCAUCACUGAGGAGACUGGGAGAGAUUUCAGCUGUACUCUGAAGAACAAUGUCAGCUCUGAGGACAGCUCAGACAUGAAGAACCCUUUAGAGACAGGGAGUCCAACACUCAUCAUCAUCAUCUCCAUCACUGCUGCUGUUCUUCUCGUCCUCCUGGUUGCUUAUUGUUCCAAACACAGAGAAAGUGCAGAACUCCCUCCAAAGGAGAAAUCUCUGACAGAGAGAAAUCAGAACGGUUUACUCAAGGAGUCCAGAGGAAAAUGGUGGACAUAAAAAAAAAAAAUCAAAGUUUUCAAAUGGAGCCCUGUGGAACCCCAAACAACCAAAGGGCAGUUGAAGAGAAGAAUCCAGAAAUGCUGACAUUGUACUGUUAGCCGGAUAAGACGAGUCAUUUGAGUGUGGUACUCACUCAGUGCCAUCAGCCUGUAAUGUAACAUUCAAACUGGUCAUGUGACUCACCUCCGUCAGGAUAGUAGCGCAUCUACAGUCGGAAAACACUUUGUGUGAAAUCUCAAAACAAAUCUGGUGAAUCUCGCUCCAGGCUUUUUCUAUCCCAGCUCUAUUCUGAAAUAUGAAAGUUCUCAAUUUCUCUUGCAUGAUUCAUUUUUAAACGGUUGGUAUUUCUGUGAAUUAGAAAGGACGUCAUCUGGACAUCAAAGUGAAGUCCCUGAAAAAGUUCAACUGGUUAAACUUUUAACGUGUUUUAAGCUGCUUCACAUUUUGAACAUAGAGUUUGAAAAUGAUUGUAGAAAGAGUUUUGAACGCGGAAGCCAGAAAUGCUCAUUUACAUGACUUUUUAUUCAUUGAAAGUCUUGGCUUGUGUGCGCGUUGCUGAGGCUGGUGUUAACAAAGAUUUACUGAGCAAUCCUCAUUUAUUUAUGUCUGUUUUAAGGUUGUGCAUGUGCCUCAGAAGGAGAAAACUUACAUGUAGGAGAUAUUUUUCUGCAGUUUUAAAAUGAAAUGGUCAAAAUUGUGUUUGACAUGAAGGACUCUAAAUGUUUACAUCCUUCAUCAUUUACCUAUUCAGUACAGACCUGUAAGAGAUGCAAAGUUCACUGGUACGCAGUCUAUUUAUGGGGCGGCCGUGGUGCAGCGGUAGGGCGGUUGACUCCUAAUCGGAAGAUUGCGGGUUUGAUUCCCGCCUUGCCCGCCAAUGUGUCGAAGUGUCCUUGGGCAAGACACU